AUGGCGGCUAGCAACAAGGCCACCGCCUUCCUGGCCCUGGGCGCGUUUGUGGUGGUGCUGAUGGCGGCGGGGGAGGCGUCGGCGGCGGUGACGUGCGGCCAGGUGGGAUCGUCGCUCGCGCCGUGCAUCCCGUACGCGACGGGGAAGUCGGCCACGCUGUCGCAGGGAUGCUGCAGCGGCAUGAAGAGCCUCAACGCCAUGGCCCGCACGAGCGCCGACCGCCAGGCGGUGUGCCGUUGCCUCAAGAGCCUCGCCGGCAGCGUCAAGUCCGUCGACCUCGGCGUCGUCGCCGGCGCGCCCGCGAAGUGCGGCGUCAGCGUGCCCUUCCCCAUCAACAUGUCCACCGAUUGCAGCAAGUAA